UUUUGAAUAAGACUGUUGAAAUUUACACAAACUUGAAAAUUGGUUAUGCUUCUAAUCCUGAUGAUAUCUGAUGGAAGAACUGAGGCCAGAAUAGGUGGACUCUCAAUGAUGGAUUUAAGUGAUGAAGUGAUGCCCAUAACAAGAAAGCUAGUCGCUAACCUUCCUCUUCUGACUAGGGAAUCAUCUAACGCGAUAUCUGAGAGAAAUGUUGCGCAUUUUUUCUCCAAAGUCUCUUGAGAAACUUUUAGGAAUAAUACGCUUCACAUGAUACCUCAGAGGCCAUCUAACCGUAGCUUUGAAGUCACCUCUUGGAUAAUUAUCGACAUUGAAUGUGUAUCUUAUAAUAAAUCUGGAGAUGGUGAAAUGCUAUUUCGUUCGUCAGAUAGUAUCAGGAAAGCAGAUUCUGGAAAAGAACGUUUGGAGGAAUCUCAAAAGGGGUCUUCCCAUUGUCAGAGAGUGUCUAUAUACCACCUUGAGGGUUCCUUAGAAGUUCAGACACUAGUUAGAGAGGUUUUAGGAGAGAGUAGUUUUGCCAAGACUCAAGCAAACAAUGAGUUGUCUGAAGUGCUGAAAAGCAUGAUCAACACUAUUAGAAACAACUCUGAGAGUGUCUUUGCUGAAGAAGGUUUUCUCCAAGCUGAACCAGACUUCCGGUUGAUAGGGAAUGAUAGACCUACCGUAGAAAUAUACAGUGACGUAAUUUCUAUAGAAGAGAUCCUGAAGAUGAAGAUUACUCCAGAGCCUGAUAAUAUAGAUUACAAAGUACACUCCAACCUCAAGACUUGCACUGAUUCCCUCCAUUUACCUCGAGAUAAGCCUAAUCUCUUAGAGGAUUCCCAACUUGAGCAAGGUCAAGAAGCUUUAGAUUCAUCAAAUACAAAUCCUUUUGAUUCAUUGAGAGAGGAAAACAGUCUCCAGAUUUCGGGCGAAAACCUGAUCUCAAAGUCUGGCUUAGAUGGACCUUCAUCAGAUGAUAACUUAUUGUCAGAAAUUCGUGAUGAUAGAAUUUAUAAAGACUCUCAGAAUUUAAUGGAGUUACAAAAAUUUCAGGAACAUGGACCCACUUUGGUUGGAUUUAUUAGGGGCAAGCUCCUGAUCUUGGAUGGAUCUACUGUGGGAGAAUCUUUGAAAGAGCACACUAACAAGAUAAUACACAGGCAAACUCUUGGAGAUUCUCCCAAUUCAGAAGCUAACUUUUCUAGAUUCCUUCUUGAAGAAUUAUCAAUUUGUGGAGACGGAGUCACACAGGACAUUGAAGUCUGAGAUGACGGUAACCAACUUGACGGAGAUGGAUGCUCUGCAGAUUGCAAGAUAAUUGAGCAAAAUUGGGUCUGUAGAUCACCUGGACUCUCAAAGCCUGAUGUAUGAUACAUAGAUUAUAAGAACUCUAAGGCACCUCCAAGCUCAAAAUGGAUUUCUGACCUGAGUCUGGCUGUAGUUAUAUUAUCAGUCAUCUUCAAUAUGAUAAGUUCGAUCAUGAAUAAGGAGGAUUCUCAUAUGAUAUUUGCCUCAGUGAACCAAAUCCAGUUAAUGGCCAUGCUUCUCUUGUUGCCAUUUAACCUUCCUUUGGAAGUCAUAAAUUAUCUGAAGCCUCUGACUAAAUGCCUGUUUGUGUUUGAUCUCAAGCUACCUUUACUUGAUCUUUCUGAGCUCCUGAGUAUAUUUCAUUAUGAACAGGGAGAUUUCCAACUUUACAUGGUUGGACUACAUUCAGGAAGCACUUUGGUGAAUCUCAAGACCAUGGCUCUCUUACUAGGAGUGUCUAUAUCUCUGGCAAUUAUGCUGAUGCCUAGAUACCUCCGCUCUAAAAUUUGAGAGAAGCCCAGGAGAAUUCAUAAAGCAAUUCUAAAAUUUUCAGAGUUCUUGACUUACUUCCUCAUUCCAGUUUUGAUCAUUGAAGGAUUUCUGGUUACUUUACUCUCAUCCUUGUCAGAGAUAGCGAAUUGGAGGUUUGAAGAGCAAAGGCAUACCUUCUCGCUGAUCUCCAGUUGUUUGUUCUACCUAUUCGUUGUUGGUGUAAUGAGUGCAGUAUUUGUGCUGACCUUAAUUUCAUGUGUGAAGAACGUCGUAUACAUCCCUGAAUUUUUAAAGUCCAUCAGACCUUCAAAUAUAGCAAGAUUCUAUCAUUUCUCCUUCUUUUUCAGGAGGUUCAUGCUAUGAAUGCUGAUAAUAUUCUUUCCAAGACAUAACACAUUGCUCUUCUUGCUGGCAUUCAUUUUCAUGAAUUACAUCCAAAAUUUAUACAUUCUGAUCAAUAACCCAUUUAACAACAAGUUAAGGAACGCCCAGGAACUGAUGAAUGAGAUAUUCUACCUCUGCUUCGGGAUUCUCAUUCUUAUAGCUAGUCAGAGAGAAAAAUGGGAUGCUUUCAAUGGACAGGCUCUCUUUGUCCUCCUUGUCAUCAACAAUAUGCUGAAUUUUGCCAUCUCUGGAAUCUCAUUGGUGUCAGAGAUAUUUAAGAGAUUCUUAUUGGCUGAAAGACAAACAAGGCUCCGCGAACCAUCUUUUAGAAAUGAUGCAUUUCCUAUUGAUCCUCCAGCCAAAAGACACUUGAGCAUUAAGCUUGAGCCCAUUGAUGACUUUGAGUUCUGUUCUUCUCAAAUUGUAAACAGCCAGAGUAUUGGCACACAUGAGAAGAUGUAUGAGGAGUCAGAGUUUCCUCUCAGAGCUCCAAGGAACUCUCAUUGGGUGUUAACAUAGUUUAAACCUUUUAUUUUAAUCUAGAAUUUGAC